ACGUGAUAAAGAAAUCCAACCGUAAAGAUAUAUAUCUUUAACUGUUCUCAUUUAGGUUGUGCAAAGCUCGAUGUCGUACUUCACGUUACUAUCGUCCUUUGAUGUGUCGUGAUCGAUACUCGACGAUCAUCGCAGCAUGUAGUAAAAAGAAGCGUUCCACGCGAAUAUAACGUUACAAAAUUGUAUCGAAUAGAAUAACAUUUAUAUUUGUUAUGUAAUGAGAUAAAAAGUAAUACAAUUUUAUAUUUUUACUGAUAACGUUAAAUAAAAAACUUUUCCCUUUCAAAGCUCUCCGGAGACCUGGAAUACUCACUUGGACACACGCAGGAGCUUUCUACCGAGGGAAAGUACUUAUUUUGUCACGCUAUUUUAUUCUGAUCGAUACGCGUUCUGCAGAGGGCACUUGAAAAAAUGAGCCGUUUAGCCAAUAAAUUUACAUGGAGUCAUCGUUACGACCUCGUCUUUAGUAUUAGCGUUUACUGAUACGUGACUGUAUCAGGAACUGAAAAUAAAGAUAUUCUACGUUGCCCCGACAAGUCGACCCUUAGGCCACUGCAUAUACAUCUUGAAAGAAAACUACUCGUUGAAACUCAGUAGAAUUACAAAUGUCCAUUGAAUCAUAUUUUCAAACGUAUUCAAUAUAGUAGUCAUUCAAAUAGUAUUUCCCAAAGGAUUAGUUGUCCACUCGGACCUAUUAUUAAUAUGUUACGUCUACGCGCGAGACAUAUACUUAGCGUAAGUGGCUGUCAGUUACAAAAACUAUAAUAGCGUGAUCGUUGUGAAAUCUUGCGCUCCGACAAAGCAGAACGCACGUGUCGCGGAGCGGUGUCUGAAAUAUUAAUUUACUUACAACCGACCCUUAUUGCGGGAAAAAUACCUACGAGAGAAGGCUCGAAAUUCAGACAACACGUUAUAGUACCAGGAAGACCGUUUCUUCGUGAAGUAUGGAACACAGCAGAGCUUACUAUUACGAUAUCAGUAAAAAAUACCUCAUGUUAGUCGGCCAGUGGCCUUAUCAGAAGCCGAAAGAGAGGCUGACUGCCUUGUUGCUUACAAUAAUACUUGCAACCACUUCACUCGUUCCACAGGGGGCAAGAUUUGUCAUAUGCAAAAACGCGCAGUGUAUCUACGAAACUUUACCUCCAUAUAUGUUGGGAGUGAUGAUUCUAGUGAAAAUUUUCACGUAUCAAUUUAACAGCGAAAAAAUUAAAGAUCUCACAGAUCGCUUAUUCGUAGACUGGGAUAUACUCGAGACUAAGGAAGAACACGACAUUAUGAGAAAGUAUGCCGAGAGAGGCAGAUGGUAUGCGUUAAUAUAUGGCUUAUUCGUUUACGUGUCUACCGUUAUAUUUGCAACAACUUCUCUCGUACCACGCAUUUUGGAUGUACUGUUUCCACUGAAUGCUUCCCGUCCUUUAAAGCUCCCAUAUCCGGCGUACUAUUUCGUUGAUGAAAAUCAAUAUUUCUUCUAUAUUUUUCUCCAUAUGAUGAUCGCCUGCACUAUAUGCAUGACUGGACUAGUCGCGCAUGAUACCAUGUUUUUUGUUUAUGUCGAACAUAUCUGCGGUCUUUUUGCCAUCGUUGGAUUUAGAUUUGAGCACGUGUCAUCUAAAUGUAGUAUUAUGGAAAAAAAUAUCAUUGAUCAUCCGGAAGCUAUGUAUCACAAGAAUGUUGUGAUUUCGAUUUACGCUCAUCAUAAGGCUUUGCAGUUUACUCAAUUUCUUGAGAGUGCCUUCAUGAUAUCGUUCGCCGUGCAACUUCUGUUCGUCACAAUCGGCUUGAGCAUUACCUUAGUACAACUCUCGAUACAACUACAAGAUUCAGCGGAAGCGAUAAGAUACAUUCUCUUCAUUUUUGGUCAAUUGUUUCAUUUGUUCUGCUUCAGCUUCCAAGGACAAAAAGUGAUAGAUCAUAGCCUUGAAACUCGUGACAAGAUAUAUCGCGGCUCAUGGUAUACCAUACCCGUAAGGGAACAAAGACUGCUCAUGUUCGUGAUGAGAAAAAGUAUUGAAGCUAGUACUUUGACUGCCGGCAAGAUAUACGUGUUUUCUCUAGAAAAUUUCACGACGAUUGUGCAAAGCUCGAUGUCGUACUUCACGUUACUAUCGUCCUUUGAUGUGUCGUGAUUGAUACUCGAUGAUCAUCGCAGCAUGUAGUAAUAAAAUAUGUCCUGAAAUAUUCUACAGAAGUAUACAAUAUUACAAAGAAUACAUUAAAUAAAAUGUUUAUAUGUGCUAUUAUGUAAUUAGACAAAUGUAAUAAAAUUUUAUUUUGUUAUCGACAUUGCUAAACAAUUAAAUAGCUUUCCCUCAUUUUAUCGUUAUUUUAUGCUAAUCGACGUUCUGUCCGAAGAGAACGAAAGAAAACGAGACCACCUGUUCCCACAAUUUCUAUGUGCCAGUUGAUUGACGUGACACGCAACAAUUUCACGAGAAUUUUUGUAUAUAGCAUUUGAUCGCAAGGGAAUAUUAUUUUAAUUGGUAUUUCC